AUUCAAAUCAAAUACAAAUAAGAAGCACCAGCAGUAAAUUACUAGAAAAUCAAAUCAAAUCCGAGUAUUGCGAUGGCGAAAAAAAGGAAGAAUCCAACCCGAUUCGAAUGAAAUACAAAUAAGGAGCACCAGCAGUAAAUUACUAGAAAAUCAAAUCGAAUCAAAUCAAAUCAGAGUAUUGCGAUGGCGAAAAAAAGGAAGAAUGAUGGAGAAUUACCAGAGAGUUCAUCUUGUAAGAAGCAGAAGAAGAUGAAGGGAAAAGCAAAUUUUAUCAUUUCUGCAGCAGCUGCUAUCUUCUUUCCUCUAUUCUCCUUUAUAAUCAACAACAAUUGUUCACUUAAAUUAAGGAAGAAGACUCCGCCCUCAAUCGAUCAGCUAGAAGUUCGUAAUUCGGCCAUGGUUCAGUUCCCUGAGCAGAUACUCGUCAACAUCCUCACCAGGUUACCUGUGCAGUCUCUUGUUCGAUUUAAAUGUGUUUCAAAAUUCUGGAUAACGUUGAUAUCAGAUCCUUACUUUACAAAGAAGCAUCUCAAUCGUGCUAGGAACGACCAGGAUUCCCAGAAGCUUCUUAUCUACCAAUGGGGCCCUAAGGUGUCUAACUUCUCCCUAUAUUGUUGUCCUUUAUCGCCCGUUCAACAGGUUAAGGAUGUACAAAAACUCAAACUCGAUUGCCCUUCAACUCUUAAACCAAACAAAAUCCUGAUCCAUUGUUGUUACAAUGGCUUAGCUAUUCUCGAGAUUUGUGAUAAAGAUGGCGUUAAAUAUUUGCUGUGGAACCCUUCCAUAAGAGAAUCAAUAGUACUUCCCCCUCUGGGAUGUCCAGGGGAUGGACGUUCUCGGUUUGGUUUGGGUUAUGACUCGAGCAGUGAUGAGUAUAAGAUCAUUCAUAUGCACCAGAACCGAGAAGGUCCCUAUUGUCCUAAUGAAAUUCUUGCGUUGAAAGAUGGCUGCUCUUGGAGAAGCAUCGAUGAACAUCCUCGUGCCAUUCGCUGUUGGUUCCAUGCCUCAGACUCUUUGCCUUUUAUACAUGCGGCGUUUCAUUGGAUCCAGGUUUCAAGAAACUAUUUUGUGGUGAUUUCGUUUGAUAUUUCAAAUGGAGUGUACGGAGAGAUACCUUUUUCUGAUGAAAUAUUAAUCUUGAAGGCAGGCCCUGACACUGUUGGCCUUUCUGUGUUGGAAGGAAUGCUCUGUGUUUAUUCUAAUCUCUUUUUUACGGCAAAUGCUACUUUUGUGGUAUGGGUAUUAAAAGAGUAUGGUGUCAAGGAAUCUUGGAUGGCGUUAAUUGUAGUAAAAGAUACUCCGUAUGUUUAUGCCGCGCCGAGACAUAGGUUUGCGGAUGGUGAAGUGCUAUGCUGGUGCUUGAAUCGUGAAACUAGAAGGCACGCAUUUAGGAUGGUCAGUAGAUCAUUUAGAUCAUGGCCUCGAUGGGUAACUCGAGGGCACACAUCUUGGAUGGUCAGUAGACCAUUUAAAUCAUGGCCUCGAUGUGAUACGAUUCAAGGUGGACAUGCUUUUACGGAAAGUUUGAUAUCUCCAAAAUCACUUACUUAUUCUUAAUGUAUGAUGGAAGAGCCUUUUUAAAAAAAAAAUGUUAUAACCUUUUUACUCUUAGUUUA